GUCUGUCCACCGACUCCACCCAUGUAUUUUCUUAUUAUCAUUAGUUUUUCGAGCUUCCAAUCGUUCCAGAAAAUCCAACUACGUUACUUAAUUUAUCCAAUAAAGCAACACAUUAAAUGGUGAAAAAAUUGCACACCCACCAUUUUCAUUUGAAAUCCAAAUCAAAACAAUUUAAUGCCCGCAAGUGAUUACAAAGCAUCUCUCUAUAGCUCUGCUUCUGUGGUUUUGGGUGUCUGGUUCCACAUUACUCACACAUUUCUUGAUCUCCUCAGAUUUCAUGGAUUUGUUUCUAUUUUCUUUGUCCUUUAGUGUGAAAAGUUGAGUAAAUUGGCUUAUUUCCCGAGAUGCUACUGGGUUCUUGUUUGGGUUUUGGUGUUUUUACUUUUCAGUGCAAUGCUGCUCGAAGAUUGCUUUUGAGCAGCGAAACGGUCUAAAAAAUAAUAAGCAAAUCCCGCUGGGCUACUCUAGUCGGUGACUUAUCUCGAGACACCUUGGAGAUUUGUUUCAUAUUGUGGCUCAUAAAUGAAAUGUUCGAAGGAUCUGCAAAUAUUUAAGAAGUUGCUGGGACUUCUGGUCUCUGUUAAUGCAAUUUCUUUGAUCACUAUAAGCUUGCUACGGUGUAUGUUUUUUCAUCAGUUUGCUUCAGAACUCCCUUAUUUGGUGAAAAGAAUGUGCUUUGAAGCUGAUCUAAGAUCAAUGCAAGUGUUUUUGUUGUUUCAGUACUGUAUCGUUGAUUUCUUGUGACGGUGGAUUGGCAUUACGAAGGGUUUUUUGCUCGUCAUAUUCUGGCAUAAAAUGUUUUCAGUACACGUCAUAGAUUUUCCGGAAGACUUCUGGAUUUUGUUUGCAGAUAAACUACUCAGACGGAUUUUGACUGCAGCAUCGCACAUUGGCUCUAUGAAACGUUUGGGAUAAAAGUUGGUUUUAUUCCUGGAUUAAAAAUAUUUUCGUCUGCAAAGUUUCUUAGUAGCGUGCUUUUCGGGUUCUGAUAUGUGAUUUAGAAGAAAGAAUCUAGUUAGUACUCUUUGCACCAGAAAAGCUUAUUAGCGAGGUCGCUGAACAUGAGUUUCUUUAAAGUCAGAAAAUUCAGAAAAGCCCACAAACCAGACCCAGAAAAAGAUUUAGAGGAGAAGCCGGUGCCGCAGCAUGAGGAACCAAAGAAUGGGAAUGUUGGUGAUGAUUUGAGUAAAUCUUCUCACGCUGAUCCUGUUCCUGAAGCUGAGGAUGAAGACGACGAUUUUAUUACAAAUGAGGUGAAGAGAAGAUUGAAAGAACUGAGAAGAAACAGCUUUAUGGUUUUGAUUCCUGAAGAAGAGUCAUGUGCUGAAGAAGAGGAGGAUGAGGAGGAGCGUGAGGCAAGCUCUAGUGACUGGAGGGAUGUGGAAGCUGAAGCUCGCCAGUGGUGGGGAGGCGUUGACGCUUUGUAUGACAAGUACUGCGAGCGAAUGCUGUUCUUUGAUCGUAUGAGCAUGCAUCAGGUUAACGAAGUCGGUAGAGGCUCCCAAGCCCCUGCAACUCCAUCAUCAAGAUCCAAAUCUAAGAAGCUUACAUUCCCUAUUGGCUGCCUUUCUCUGAAGAAGUUUGAAGAACCUAAUGACGAAACCGAGCAUCUUCAGCAUCCAGAUCAUGACCCAUACCAAGAUAUUGAAAAGGCAUACGUAGCUCAAAUCUGUUUGACUUGGGAAGCACUUCACUGUCAAUAUACUCAGUUGAGUCAGAAAAUCACAUGCCAAGCUGAUAGUCUGGCCUGCUAUAAUCAUAGUGCUCACCAGUUUCAACAAUUCCAAGUUUUGUUACAAAGGUUUAUUGAGAAUGAGCCCUUUGAGGAGGGUCUUAGGGCACAAACUUAUGCUCGAUCCAGGAAUCUUUGGCCUAAACUGCUCCAGGCUCCUAAUAUAAAAGCAUCAGGUGAAAGAGAAACAGAAGAAUCUUCAGAUCUGACUGUCCCUGCCCUUGAUCUCAUCAAGAUUGUUGAGUGCUCAAUCCUUACUUUCCACUUGUUCAUGAAGAUGGACAAGAAAAAAUCAAGCAGUGUUCUUCACCUGUUUGGAAAUCACAACCAGGUUGCAACCCCUCUUCAACAGAUCCAAUCUGCUCUGGAGAAGAAGAGGAUAAAACUGAAUGAACUGCGCAAAAGGAGGAGAGGUUGGAAGAAGAAUUCCUGGCCCCAAAGAGACGAAGAUGUUGAGCUACUUUUCAGCCUCAUUGAUGUGAAAAUCUUAUCCAGGGUUCUCAGAAUGGUGAGGAUCACCAAGGAGCAAUUGUUUUGGUGUGAAGAAAAGAUGAAAAAACUUGAUAUAGCAGAUGGCAAGCUGCGGAGAGAUCCUUCUCCCAUCCUUUUCCCUUGUUAAUAACAGAUAUGUUAGAACCCUUCAAGUGAGCAAAUUUUUGUUAAUGGUUGGGCA